GGUGGAGUAGCUUGGCAGUGAUGUGUCAGCCGCGCGCGAAGUGCAACAAUGCCUUCGCCCGGUGAGGCCACCGAGAGCAAGUCUCGGGGCCGAUUUAAGCGACCUGCACAGCUGUUCGAGGGGCUCAAGGCGAAAGUAUCAGAGGCAGUGUGGAAACAAAAGGCACGAGGUACUCCUAUCGUGUCCAUUGCAAAGGGGUCAGGGCCGCGCCCAGCAGAUGAGGCGCCCAAACCUCCCAGGCCAUAUGUUACCCGGCCGGGAAUGGGCAGCCCUCGGGGAUAUCGCGAGCCUUGGAACUCCCAGCAUGAUGGAAGUCCCAGUCCAGCCAUCCAACGACAUCGAACCGGCUGCUGUGGCGUGCGGCCUUCGUCGGGUCGAUCUGGACGGUCAGGCAACUCCUACGGCUCGGAGGGCAGCGAGGGGCUGGCUGCUUUGCCCAAAGAUGUGCCACAGUUCUACUUGGAGGGCAUGAGCCAUGACUCGACCCCAACGGUGACUGAAUGCCGAGCCAGUUCCUCCUGCUCCAGCCCACCAGUGGUACCAGUCUAUCAUGACUACUUCUUUACAUCGCCGAUCCGAAGAGAACCGCUUCGACAAGUCUACUACCUGUACGCUUCGCCAUUGGACCAGCCACCCAUCGAUGUGAGGUCUGAGGUGGAAACCAUCCAUGACGCCUUCGCGGAAUCUGGAUCUCAUGUCCAGUUGAAUGUGGGCGUUGCCACGGUGGAAUCUCUGACGAAGCUACUGACCUUGGCACGGUCACAGAGGGGCUUGGCUUUGCACCUCUCGGCCCAUGCGUAUCGUUCCGAGAAGGGCGACGUUGGCCUUGUGCUGGAAGAUGCAAAGGGUUUCUCUCACGUCUUGUGGAAGAAGAACCUGGAGGAAAUCCUUGGAAUGCGAGAUCGCCAUCUACAGAACACGUCUUUGUUGUUUUUGAGCACAUGUUGGUCACAGGAACUCGCUCAGGUCUUUGUGGAGUGCGGAUGCCCACAUGUCGUAUCUCUACGUACACGGGUACAUGACAUCGCAGCACGGAGGUUCUCUCAGCAAUUUUACUUAUCUUUGGGUGUUGGCGAGUCGCUGCUCGCCUCCUGGCAAGCGGCAAGGACAUGUUUGCACAACCACCCCGAGUCGGAGAUUGGCGACCAGUCUGAACACUUCAUCCUCUUUGGGCAGCAUGCCGCAGACAAGGCCACUCUGCAGCAACUCUGCGGAGAGGGUGAAAGCGCGGAAGGACAACUGCGAAUGUUGGAGGAUGCCGCCCAGUUCCUGGAGGUGAAGAUGCCGCCACGGCCAGAGCACUUCUUGGGCAGAAUGCAAUCGAUCCGUGAGAUGAUGCAUCAUUUCAGUGGUCACCAGAGUCGACGUGCUUGUGCUUUGUGGGGGCCAGAGGGCAUCGGCAAGAGCGCCCUGGGAGUGGAGUUUCUGCACUUCGCAGCAGCUCCGGGCAGACACUUUUCGUGCUGUGCUGGACGUGUGCACAUUGAAGCAAUGGAUUUGGUGGGUAUUGCAAACGCUGUGAAUGAGGAGCUCGAGAGUCUUGCAGUUCAGUCACAGGUUUGUUUGCGUCCUGGCUCCAGUGAUUCAAGGAGCUCACUAUGUUCCACUGGUUUGUCGGCCAGGUCGGCAGAGUCCAGUAUUUCCAUCUGCGAAGCUCCAAGUGAUUUGGAUGCCAUGACUUUGCUGCUGCCUUUGCGACAGCGUUUGCGGCGAGGGUUCCAACAGAUCGAACGUGCCCGGCGUCGUGCCCCAACCUUGCUGGUUGUGGAUGAUGAGGCUGGCGCAGUGGCUGCUGACAAGGAUGUGCGAAAGCUCUUUGGCGAGCUGCUGGAACACACGUGCCAGUUGCACAUCCUGAUCCUUUCUCGGGCUCCAAUCUACCACUCUUUGGGCCCAACAAAGGUGGUGAACGUCCCGUUGAGCGGCCUCAAGGAACCUGAUGCUGCAAAGCUAUUCCUGCAGCGUAUCCACAGGAUGUUAGAUGAUCGAGAUUUUCCGGACCCUGUUGUUGGCAAUGCGGAUGCUGGUGGAGGUGAACCUGCGCCAUCCGUGCCACAGAGAAAGCUCAUGGAGAGCACGAUCCUUCGUCUAAAGGGUCAUCCUUUGCUGCACUGCCUUGGAGGCCAUCCCGGGAAGAUCCGCGAGGUCGCAUCUCAGGUCACACCGAAUGGACCAAGCCUCAUGGACUUGGCAGAGGGGAUGGUAGUGGACAAUGGCUGAGCGAGUUGGAUUGGAAUACUCAAGGUGUUGUUGUACAGGGUCAUUUGAGAGAAAAGCUGUCAAGUGAAUCUUCAGCGU